AAUAAAAUAUAUAAAUAAAGCCGACCAAAGCACAUUUUUGCCUGCUUCCUUCGUCUCCCUAUUCACUCACGUUCUCAAGGCUCUUCUCCUCUGAUCAAAAUCCCCCCCCUUUCUGUUGUCUCUCUCUCUCUCACGGAGAAAUGGCGAAUGCCGUAAGAUUCUUCCAGCUGAACACCGGAGCCAAGAUUCCUUCCGUCGGCCUGGGCACUUGGCAGUCCGAGCCUUCGCUCGUCGGCAACGCUGUCGCGGCCGCCAUUAAGAUUGGAUACCGCCACAUCGACUGUGCACAAGUCUACGGGAAUGAAGCUGAGAUCGGGUCCGUCUUGAAGAAAUUGUUUGAAGAUGGUGUGGUCAAGCGUGAGGAAUUGUUCAUCACCUCCAAACUCUGGUGUACUGAUCAUGAUCCUGAAGAUGUACCAAAGGCCUUGGAGAAAACCUUGAGAGACCUGCAGCUUGAUUACAUAGAUCUGUACCUGAUUCAUUGGCCAGUAAAGAUGAAGAAAGGAUCUGUUGGAUUCAAGCCUGAAAACCUCCUUCAGCCUGACAUACCAAGCACAUGGAAAGCCAUGGAAGCGCUCUAUGAUUCUGGUAAAGCUCGGGCAAUUGGAGUCAGCAACUUUUCCACCAAGAAGUUAGGGGACCUCUUGGAAGUUGCUCGUGUUCCCCCUGCUGUCGAUCAGGUGGAGUGCCAUCCUUCGUGGAGGCAAGCGAAGCUACAUGAAUUCUGUAAAGCCAAGGGAGUCCACCUGAGCGGUUACUCACCACUUGGUUCUCCGGGCUCAACAUGGCUCAAGAGCGAGGUUCUCAAGAAUCCGAUACUGAACAUGGUUGCAGAGAAGCUUGGGAAGUCGCCUGCGCAGGUUGCAUUGAGGUGGGGCUUACAGAUGGGCCACAGUGUGCUCCCGAAGAGUACUAAUGAGGCCAGGAUCAAGGAGAAUUUCAAUGUCUUUGACUGGUCCAUCCCUGAUGAGCUGUUCUCCAAGUUUGAUCAGAUUGAGCAGGCAAGGCUGCUUAGAGGAACUUCGUUUGUCCACGAGACUCUCAGCCCGUACAAGAACGUGAAAGAACUAUGGGAUGGGGAGAUAUAAUUUGAAGCGAUUUAAUUUGGCUGAUUCAUUCCAUUGGCUCUGGGCAAGAAGAGAUUGACAAUAUUGUGUCGGUUCUCAAUCAAGAUGAUUUUAGAUAUUUGAACUGUGUCUUUGCUUAAAUAAAGAGACUUGUAGUCUUAUAUUUACUACUGAAUAUUGUCAUCUAGAUUGUUAUUCACUUUAUGGCUGCCCUAAACAAUCCAGAGUUUUCUUUUAUUGCUUGUA